UAUAACUUGUGACCGGUGGGCCGAUCGUUUGACGGAGGAGGCAAAUGGCCGGCUGGCUAUCUGACGAAACAACAAUGGAGCCGGGGUAGUGAAAAUAUCGAUAUAGUAAAUGUAUUGCAGUUUAACUUAACGUGCCUGCUGUCCAAAAACAAUAUCUGGAGGACCAAACAAUAUGUGGAGAAUACAAGGGCUCGUAUACAGAGCUCUGAGCCGAUGCCACGCCAACGCGCCUCUGCGUAUCACCCAGGGUCACCAUCACGUCGAAGAUGAUGUUCGCAGCACCUCCGCGGUUCUAUCCACCGGUCUGCUUCCGCCGGACAGCAGCUCACAGACAGGAGGAAAUGGAGGGAGGGGGAGGAGGGAGCGGACGUCGCAGUUCUGCUACUCUGGCCUGCCCCGCUACACCGCCCUGGACGCAGUGGGAUGGGGUGUGGCAGCCAUGCUCCUCAUGCAGAUCUGCAGGAGGAUCCACUCCCAGUUCUCCUCCGUGAGCGAGUCGAACCCCGUCCCGGGACUGUACAGAGAUGCAGGGCUGCUGAGGAGGUGUGGCUACAGGGUUCUGCUGGAGAUCUUGAGUCGGCAGGAUGCCCUGCCCAGAGGGAUUCCUCUGAAUUGCCUUGGGAGUGUGCAGGCCAUCCAGGGUAGCAGUAGUGGCCACGCCCCCUCACCGGAAGGCUCCACCCCAUCUGGCACAGAGAAUGUGUCUUUGAGCAACGACUCCGCCCAAUCAGGGGAGUCCUGGGCCUCCUCUGACUGUGAUCCUGAAGACUCCAGCCCCUCUCAGACCCCCAUAGAUAAAGCUAAGAAUCCUCUCUGCCCAGAGGACGAGGAGCUGACAGGCGCAGCAAACAACCUGAAGCAAAUUGCAGAUUCCAGUGUGCCCGUCAUCCUGAAUAUUAUCGGCUUAGAGAACGCUAAGAGUGGGGACUACCAGGCCGCUUUCUCCUGCUUCCUGGCCUCCGCUCAGCAUGGGUACAGCAAGGCGCAGUUCAACGUGGGCGUCUGCUACGAGAAGGGUAGAGGAGUCCAGAGAGACCCGGACAAGGCCACCCAGUUCUACCGCCAGGCCGCCACAGGCGGACACGGCCAGGCCAUGUACCGUUACGCCAAGCUCCUCCUGCACUCCAGGGGUCAGCAGAGCGCAGAGGACACACACGCUGCUAUUGGGUUGCUAGAGGGAGCUGCGGCCUCUGGGGUGAGAGAGGCCCAGGCGUACCUGGGAGUGCUGUUCUCCCAGGACUCCCUGAGAGACGAACACAAAGCAGCCAGCUACCUGAAAAUGGCAGCUGAGAAUGGGGACUCCCUCAGCCAGCUGUACCUGGGUCAGUGUUACGAGUGGGGCAUUGGGGUGCAGCAGUGUGUGAGGACUGCCGUGCAGUUGUAUCAGCAGGCUGCCAAAGCCGGGAACCAGCAGGCCCAAAAUAUCCUCUCAGCCCUUUACACUACUGGCAGCAGAGUUCCUGAGGAUGCCGCCCUGCGCUCGAUCCGCUCCGCCCCCUGUUUCUCCGUGGGCCUCCGUCUCUUCCCGUCUCUCUCCAGCCUGGAGCCCAGCUGCUCCCCCUUCCAGCGCCUGCCCCACUCCUGGAGCACGGGCAGCUUCCUGGGACAGUCCCUCCCCGGCCCCAGCCUCCACCCGGAGGGGGAGAGGACAGGGGCGGGGAGCCCCUGCAGGUGGACAAUAGGGUUGGGUUAGCAGGCACUGGGGAGCCGUCCAGCAUUAAUGGUGGGGACGAGUGUAUUAUGCAUCACCUUGCCUUAGCUAUCAGCUAUUUGUGCAGAGUGCUUCGUUCAGUCUGUUUCACAUCUGGUUAAACGUCCAUGGUCUCUGCUGGAAUAGGUAUACAUGGAUUACUGUGGGGGAGAAUGUUUAGCUAUUUGUCCGUUUGGCAAUAAGAAACUCGCUGGUUGAGCGGAUGAAUCGCCCCUCUGCUUUCGAUAGCUUAGCCAUUACACUUCUCUGUUCAAACUAGCGCGGUUUUCACCAGACGUGGUGCUGGGCCUCAUUCGUGGUCAGUGAGUAAUGCUGAAGUCCACCAUGUUUUAAAUGGCUAAUCCUUUGUGAAGUGUCGGAGCAGUAAUUGGCAGCGUUAUGUUCAAAGGAGAACAGAGAGACCGAGAUUACUGUCCAGGGUGUAAGUGUCACAGGAGACUGCCACAAGGGAGAAAUAUUGGAGUCGCACAAUAAUUGCACCCCUUUCUGUCCGACUCACAUUAAUGACUUUUCAAGAGCUUUUGAGCCGAUUUCAUUUAUACCCUGGCCCAGUCUAUAAUGGAGUCUUGGCGUGAAGGCCUUUUUACGUUUAGCCAAUUUAAAAUGGUGGACAGUAUGCGGAGCUUAUGGCCUAAAUUGUGUGAGUGAUUCGGCAGCUGUCUGCUUUCCCUACUUCGAAAGAUUGACGACUUUUGUUCACUGUCUACUCCGCGCGCCUCCUGUAACUGAGAUUUGGCCAAGAGGGGGCACCAUUUUGAAUGUGCCUUUGCCGUGACUGAACCAUUCAUUCAUGUCCAAGGAAAGUUUUGUAUUCCGCGAUGAAAUUAUUGCAGCAGGAAACGACCCUGAAAGACAGAAUUACCAUUCAAUAUUUUUAAGCUUGUAUCAAGGUGACAAGAUUGUUCCUAAGCUAUUACGAGUGUACUUAUCACACUAGCCAUCAAUGCCAAAUUCUUUUCAUAUUAUUUUAAUGGAGUUACUGUGGGCGUUGAGGCAAAAAUGUUUUACUUGCGCGGAAUUGAAAUGUGUGCAUGAGUAAAAUAUUGUAUAGGCUGGCUAGCUAUAUGGGUUUAUAGGUGUAUAGGUUUACGCUGGCUAAUGAAUGGAAUUGUCAGUAUUUUUUUAUAUCUUUUUUUGUUUGUGUACAAAGUCUAUGCUGAGAAACAAUGUGAUAUUUUUGUGAAAGCGAUGUGCAUGUUGACUCAUAACUGAACGCUUUACUGCUUUUUAACGCACAACGUGAAUUCAACAAUAAACAAGUAAUUUUCUACCUUGA